AUGGGAUCGAGUUUCACAGAGGACCAGCCUCGUCAUCUCUUCAGAAGCUGGAUCACUGGACCGCGAGAAGCAAAGCUAUUUAAUUUGGAUGGACCGAAAAUUUGGUGGAGUCUUCUCGGUCAUCCUCUGCGACCUCAACGACACCUUCUGCUGCAGUGUCUUAUUUGUCCAGCUGGUCCACGUUCUUUCAACAAUAGACUCACGGUUUAUUACCCUUUAGACCAUCUUCAAAUGCUUCAAAACGGCUUCACAUCAGUUUCGAAUAGGCUCUAA